CUCCCACCUGCGCGUGCUGUUGGUUCUCCCGUAUGAACGUUAUAAUUUCGACAGGAUUCCGAUUAAAAUGCCUCACAGAAUCGAUACUGAACCUUCCUGAGAUCUGAUCAUGACAGAAGAAUCGUUUUAAUCGAUGGACAGGCUUAAAUGUCAGAUUGAACCUCUGAGGGGAAGCUGGACUAGCUGAAUCAUGCCUGGGAAGUUAAAGGUGAAGAUUGUUGCAGGGCGGCACCUGCCCGUCAUGGACCGCGCCAGCGAUCUCACGGACGCCUUUGUGGAUGUGAAGUUUGGAAACACAACAUUUAAAACUGAUGUGUACCCCAAGUCCCUGAACCCUCAGUGGAAUUCUGAAUGGUUCAAGUUUGAGGUGGAUGACGAGGAUUUACAAGACGAGCCGUUACAGAUAACUGUUCUUGACCAUGACACAUACAGCGCUAAUGAUGCCAUAGGGAAGGUGUACAUUGACAUAGAUCCAUUACUCUGUAGUGAAGCAGCGACUGUCAUCUCUGGCUGGCUCCCUAUCUAUGACACAAUACAUGGUAUAAGAGGGGAAAUCAAUGUGCUGGUGAAGGUGGAUUUCUUUAAUGACCUGAACCGCUUCAGGCAGUCCUCAUGUGGGGUUAAAUUCUUCUGUACAACCUCUAUUCCUCGAUGCUACCGAGCUGUGAUGGUUCAUGGUUUUGUCGAGGAGCUUGUGGUGAACGAGGAUCCAGAGUACCAGUGGAUUGACCGCAUCAGAACCCCUCGUGCAUCCAACGAGGCCCGACAGAGACUCAUCUUUCUCAUGUCAGGUGAAUUACAGAGAAAGAUUGGUCUUAAAGUCCUGGAAAUGGGAGGGAACGCAGUGGUGGGGUACCUGCAGUGUUUUGACUUGGAAGGAGAAUCAGGCCUUGUGGUCCGUGCCAUCGGGACAGCCUGCACACUGGAGAAAAUCAGCACCCUGACUUCUGCCUCAGCCACACACCCCAGCAACUCCUCUCCUUCAAAAGACAUGAAAGACUCUCCGCAGGCUGCGCCUUCCACUCUCGGAUGUCGUUCCACACACAGCAGUCCAGUUCACAGCGCAAGUGGUCGUCUUUCUCAGGGCUUCUCCGUUUCUGUGCCAACACUGCUGUUCGCCGGUAUGAAACCCAGACACAGGAGCUCAGAAGCCCCCAGAUUCAGGCAGUGUAGGCCUGUUUUUGGGGAGGAGGCCCCAGGCAUCCCAUUAUCCUCAGGACCCCCAACCCCCCUGAGAGUACAAACCUUCUCUUCCUUCUCCCCCUCCAAGUCCUACAGUCGCCAGUCCUCUUCCUCCGACACAGAGCUCAGCCUCACCCCCAAAACUGUGAGGAUAUAUCUGUCUCCCAGUUCUCCCGCUCUUGUGUCUGACUCAUCUCCUCUCCCCUCUGCCCAUCUGCCCCGUCACUUACGGCCAGGGAUGUCCUCCAGGAGUACAACUCCUCCCCCACUCCAUGUCAGCCAAUCAGACACGGCCAUGCUGAGAAAGAGCAUGUCUUUCAGUGAGGAACUGCUGCUGGCGGCCUCUGGAAUGGGCAGCGGCGGCAGUGCAGGGAAGGAGGCGGGGCCUCUUAAAGCUCUUCUGAGGCAGCAGACCCAAUCCGCUUUGGAGCAGAGAGAAUACCCUUUCUUCACGUUGACCUCCUUCCCUCCUGGAUUUCUCCUUCACGUGGGGGGCGUGGUCAGUGCCCGGUCUGUGAAGCUCCUCGAUCGAAUCCACAACCCAGAUGAACCGGAGACACGAGAUGCCUGGUGGGAGGAGAUCCGUCAGGAAAUAAAGUCGCAUGCCAAAGCUCUCGGCUGCCACGCUGUGUUGGGGUACAGCGAAUCCACCAGCAUCUGCGAGGAGGUGUGUAUUCUGUCGGCAUCGGGCACUGCGGCGAUCCUCGGCUCCAGAUUCGUGCAGGACGGCCCACUGGACACCGACUACAGGUUGUCACGGCAACCGCUUGUCUUUUCUACAGGGGCAGAGAGGGUCGAGGGGGAUAUGGGUAGUUCAGCCUCUUUAGGAUUUGAGGAGGUGGCGCCCCCUGGCUGCGGUUUCUGUCACAUACCGUACGAUGAGUUGAAUAUACCGUUUCCUGCGCAGCUCACCUACUGCUACUACUGUCGCCGCUUCAAAGUGCCCGAUGUUCUCUUCACCACAAUAGACCUGCCUACAGAAGCGAACGUCACUGGCAAGGGCUGCCUGAUUCAAGCCAGGCUGUGUCGGACCAAAAAGAAGGCCCAAGGGGAGGGAAACGCCACCGCCAUUAGCAACCUUCUUCCUUUCCUAGAGUACGAGCUUCACACACAGCUGAUGAACAAGCUGAAGCUACGUGGCAUGAACUCUCUGUUCGGCCUGCGCAUCCAGAUCAGCGUGGGAGAGACGAUGCUGCUAGGACUGGCGUCUGCCACAGGAGUCUAUCUGACAGCGUUACCCAGUCCUGGAAGAAUCCAGAUAGCAGGAAAAACUCCCAGCGACAUCACAUACGAGCAGCACAUCUCCAAUAUGCAAAAGAAAAUCAACGACACCAUAGCUAAAAACAAAGAACUAUAUGAAGUCAACCCACCAGAAGUUGUUGAAGAGAUGAUUGGUUCACCAAUCCCUGAACCCCGGCAGAGGUCCCGCCUCCUCCGCUCUCACUCAGAGAGCUCUGACGAGGUAACAGAAUUAGACUUAUCCCAUGGAAAGAAGGAUGCCUUCGUACUGGAGAUAGAUGACACGGACGCUGUGGAAGAUAUACAUGCACUUCUGACUGAUUCCCCUAUGCCACCAGGAUUCUACAGCUGCAACACUGAAAUCAUGCCUGGGAUUCAGAACUGGACUUCAGCCAUACAGAUGUUUACCUCCGUGAGGGUCUUCCGCCUUAACAACGCCAACCUGACCAAUCAGGGACUGAAUAAGAUUUUCAGUGACCUCUGUGAGAAUCUUCUUAAGAGCUUGUACUUCAAACUGCGGUCGAUGAUACCCUGCUGUCUUUGUCACCUGAACUUCACUGUGGCCGUACCUGAAGAUGAGCUCAUACAGGUGGCGGUGACUGCUGUUGCAAUGAGUUUUUACAAAGAUCAGACUCUUGAGAACGGAAGACAAAGUGGGGACAAGACCCUGAUAAAGGCGAUAACAGAAAAUGACGAGCAACUGCAGUUCAAUCUGGAGCUCAAUGCUGAGUCGUCAUCUUCAAACCCUCUCAGCUCCACCAAAGGUCUCUCGGAUGUUUCGGGCAGCCAUCCCUCGGCCAGAGACAGAUGCAGUUCCUGGAUAGAGCAGCUUAGACUGAAAGCUCACACCAUAAGACGCGGAUCAGUUAAAACAACAUCUUCUCUGGAGAAGGCCAGCCCAUUGCCGGAAGGUCGCUCUCGUUCCCUUCAGUCGAAUCGCUCCUACUCUGGCAGUUCUGUUACAGUGGUCAAAAUGACUCCCCUCUCUUUCAUUCCUGGAGCAAAGAUCACCAAAUACCUUGGCAUCAUCAACAUGUUCUUCAUUAGAGAGACCAGCUCACUGAGAGAGGAGGGAGGUGUGAGUGGGUUUCUUCACACGUUCAUAGCUGAAGUAUUUGCAAUGGUUCGCGCCCACGUUGCUGCUCUCGGAGGAAACGCUCUUGUAUCCUACAGCAUGAAGGAGUGUGUGUUUAUGGAGAACCCCAACAAGAACCAGGCGCAGAGCCUAAUCAACGUUAGCGGGGAUGCUGUUAUCUUUGUCCGAGAAUCCGAACUUGAGGCGACUUCUGUACAGCCGCAGUCGGCGGCGACCAGAGAGACCUCCAACGGUGGGGAUGGAACGUGAACCCACAAACACACGCACACCAAAAAAAUCAAGUGUGCUAGUCUUAACCUGAACCAUCCCAUCUGAAGCCAUUUGAAGCUGGUUCAGGUUAGAACUACAGCACUAACCAAAUAUAUAUUUUCCAAAAAAUAAGUUAAAAUCUAGACACGUGUACGAUCUCUUUGCAGCCCGAUUGGUUCUCUCCAGUGUCAUAUUUUAGCCCAUUAAAUGAUCGAUGUUUUAUUUCUGAAUCAUGUUUUAAAAUCCCUCCAUCAGAGUUCUUUCAAAAAGGACGUCUGCCAUUUUUCUAUAUGUUUGGCCAUUAUUCACAUUCCACUUUGCUCAUAUGAGGCUGCGGCAGCUACAAAUUUAAAAGGUCUAAAAGAGUGUCUAUGUGUUUGUAAAUAUGUCAACAUCUCUCUAAAUGGCCAUGUUUUAUAUUUCAAUAUUGGAAUAAACUACUUGUGCAGUCGCACAGACAUCCAGUUCAGGAUUUUACCAUACUGAACCUGCCAUACUGGUUUCAAGUUAGAUAUUUCUCGUCACGUCCUACUGAUCUCUUUAUAAUCAUGUCAAAUGCUGGAAACGUGUUCGUUUGCUUUCAUGUGCCACAAUGUGUGCUUUGUUGUUCCGACGUCAGACGUCUGUGAGGCUGGUCCUGUUCCCUUGGAUGUGCGAUGCCAGUUAAUCAAUAAGAUAAAGAGAUAUUUUAGGGGCAGAGGCAUGCUCCACAUGAACUGUGGGACACGUGAAUGUACAGAUGAUGAGAAUGGAGAGGAGACUGAAGUCUGGUUGAGGUUGGCGGCUUGCUGAAUCCUCUGCUCAUGUGUUGACUGACUUUUAUUGCUAUUAUUUUGUAUAUAUGUGUUUGACUGAGGACAAAGCAAAAUUGCACAUUAAUAGUAUAAUUAAAUAAAACUGUUAUAG